AUGAGUGUUUACAACGUCGGCCCAUAUAUGCACCCCAAUGCUGCUAGCAUUGCCGGUAAUCCUAGCGCACAAGGCUCUCCUCUCGAUGACUCCAUCUCCGCUUCACCUAAAACAGAAAUAAGCUCUCAGGAGGCAUCUACUGUCGCAUGCCUUCAUGAUGCCAAUGGAACAUCAGAAUUCGCUGAAUUCCUAACCUAUUUCUGCUAUCAUCGUAACUCAGGGCUUUUAUCCUCCUGCGGAUCACUAUCAGCUACUACAACUCCGCGUAGUUUGCAACCCCGUUGCGCCGCGUGUGCAUUCGCCUCCAACAGGCAUCCAGAACAAAAGCAAUGGAGAGGAAAGUCUGAAGGGUACUCGCAAUCGGAAAUCUUCAGUAGUUUCAGCGGUGAACAAUCACAAUUUGGACCCGCCGACCCCCGUCUUUCGAAUUCGGUUCUGGCAGACGAAUAUGAUCAACUAGACCCUUGGGUCAAUCCUUCGGCGGCACAAACACCAAGCAUCAACAGCCCCAGCACGGACGCUGUCCCAGCGCUCUCCAGACCUCAUCCCACAAUCGGUGAACGGCAACCCAGCUCCUCUCCUCCAGUUGAUCCAAACCCUUCUCGUAGUGGGCCAACCCAACACGGUGGCCCGUAUGCCUUUCAGAACUUGCCAGGUUAUUGUGGGAAGAGAAAUGAUGAAAAUCGUUUCGAGUGUUUUGGAGAUUGCCGCAAGCGUCGUCUUGGCCGUCAUGGGUUUGGAAGAAGGAGCAACCUACUGGUCCACCUCAGGAAUUGCCAUGGGCAGCAGGUGCCGAAAUAUGACCGUGAAAAGAGUAAGAAAAUUAGAGCCACGUACAAACAAAAUGUUGACAGGUAG